CGCCCCUAAGCUAAUUGCAUUUUGCUCACUGGGUUUGGGCUCCGACUUGCCUGAGUUUAGGGAGCAACGAGCACACUGGCCCAAGGGGGUGCCUACGGCCCACGGCCACCCCUACGCCUAGGAUCUCUAGUCCGGAAUGAAGCUGGAGGUCUAGGGAAGCAAUUCCACCCCUUUGCUCUCCUCAGCCCUGCAGGGUGCUCACUGGAUUUGGACUCCGACUUGCAGGAGUUUAGGGAGCAAUGAACACAGUGGCCCGGAGGGCCGCCUGCCCCCAACAGCCACCCCUGCGCCUCCGACCUCUGGGGCUGAUAAAGCUGGUGGUCUAGGGAAGCGAUUCCACCCCUUCCUUCGCUGUCCCCGGCCCUGCAGGGCGGUUUACCAACCCCUGCCAGUUAGCUAUGGAUGGAUGAAAGGAGAUUAACCUUCCGUUCUGUGACCAUCUUCUCUUCUACCAUGGAGAAAGCCUCGCUGCCUCUGACUAUAACAUCUUACCCGAGGCCCUUUAAUCAACAACUCCUAGAGCCUCCAGACCCGAGAUGUGUCUUGGAACCCCAGGACAGCCUUGAAUUGGCCCCUGCCCUUGUGUGUGCCCUUUGCUGCUGCUUUGGAAUCAUCUACUGCUGCUUUGGCUACCGAUGCUUCAAGGCAGUGAUGUUUCUCUCGGGUCUGCUGUCAGGAGCCCUGGUGAUCUUCCUCCUGUGCCAUCAGGAGCGCGUUCUGGAGACACAGUUGAGCCUUGAGGUGAGCGCAGGCGUUGCGCUGGGCAUUGGACUCCUCUGCGGCCUGGUCACCAUGCUGGUUCGAAGCGUUGGACUCUUUCUGACUGGCCUCCUGCUAGGUCUGACCCUGGGUGCUGGAACAUUAUUGGGCACUGAACCCAUCUACCAGCCACAUUCAGCCUGGGUGCCAGUCGGAGGACUGAUGGGGCUGGCCCUGCUGGGAGCCCUGCUCACCCUUCGGUGGCCACGGCCAUUCACAAUCCUAGGCACAGCGCUCCUGGGUGCUGCGGUGCUCGUGGCCUGUGCUGACUACUUCUUGGAAGGACUGGCACUGGGCACUCGGCUGGGUGAACGCCUGCAGGCACUUCCAAAGUUGCUUCCUCUUUGCUGGUAUAGCUGGGUCUUGCUGGGAACCUGGCCAAUCUUGGGGGCUCUUGGGACACUGGCCCAGUGGAAACUCAUGGCUGAGGGACAUGGAAGCCACACCAAUGUGAUCUUGAGCCAGCAGCAAAGGCAUCUCCAGCUCCUUCGGCUCCAUCAGCAAGAGGCCAAGAGGCACCGGAACCCUUCUGGGACAGGACUGUGUAGAGGCAGCUACCGGAGUCAGCUUCCCCCCACUAUCCGGAGCCCUGCUCACAGUCCAGCUCCAAGUUAUCUCCAGAGUCUACGUGAGUGUGAGCUGGUACCAAGCACCCAGGCCACAGGCCCCCACACUACCGUGGACCUGGAUUCUGACUGCAGCUCCACUGUCCUGCUUACCACACCUCACUCUGACCAGACCUGAGCCUAACCUCCAGUGACACUGAUACCCCUGGUAAGGGCAGGAGAUUGCUAAGAGGAUAGGGCCUGAGCCCUAGGACCCAUACAGAUUUCCCUACCUCUUGGGCUUGGGAAUAGGUUCUGUGCCCAGACCAACCCUUUUAGAGACAGGAAGAGAAAAUUCUUAUAAAGAUGGGGGUGGGGAGGGACUGAAAGUACAAGCACCUCCCUCUGUCCAGUAGUAGAGGUGCCCUGGUCCCUAGAGACACUAACUGCGAACCAAGGAGGUGUGCCCAGAAUAGCUUUGUAUCAAUUCCUGUAAUGCUGGGAUGGAACCCAGAGUGUUGUCCGUAGCAGGCAAGCAUUCUACCACUGAACUACAACCCAUUCCCAAAUACCUGGUUUGUUUUCCAUUGGGUUUUGGUUUUUGGUUUGGAUUUGGUUUUGGUUUGGUUUGGUUUGAUUGGAGUUUUGGUUUUUAAAGACAGGGCUGUCUUUGUGUAGCCCUGGCUGUCCUACAACUCCUGUAGACCAGGCUGGCCUUGAACUCACAGGGAUCUGCCUGACUGUGCCUCCCUCCCCAGUGCUGGAACUAGAGGCAUGCACCACCACACCCAGUGAUGGUUUUGUGGCAGGAGGAAUGGCACAGAGGCCCCCUGGCCCCUUAUUGGAGGUACCUGGGCUUCUGGUUGGCCUUUCUCCUUGGACCCUAUACUCAUGAAUCCUGCUACCUCGAUGGGGAGUGCCAACUUCCAUGGUGCUUUCCCUCUCUCCUCGGUGAAGUAAGACCACAGCAUCUGCCUCAGCUCCCCUCUCUCCAAAAGCUGGCUCCUUGCCCUUCUUCUCAGAGGAGCCUAGUCUUCGGGGCUGCGUUGUAGCCAGUGCCUUCUGUCUCUCAAAGUAGCUUUCCUCCUAAACCAAAAUUCAGGCCCAGCCACUGACCAUUCUGACUCUUCCUCCUCUGACUCCUGACCAAGAUCUAUUUCCUAGUUUCCCAGACGUAUUAAAGAAAAUAUAUCUUUCCCCUGAGCAGCAGAUCUGUAAUGAGAGGGAGGAAGAACAAGGGAAUUCAGAAAUAAAAUGGCAUUGAAAAUUCAA